GAUGCGAUUCCAAGGCGAGACCGAGGUGGUCGAGAACAGCCUGUACGAGACCUUGGACAACACCCGCAGGACCGAGGUGGUCGAGAACAGCCUGUACGAGACCUUGGACAACACCCGCAGGACCGAGGUGGUCGAGAACAGCCUGUACGAGACCUUGGACAACACCCGCAGGACCGAAGUGGUCGAGAACAGCCUGUACGAGACCUUGGACAACACCCGCAGGACCGAGGUGGUCGAGAACAGCCUGUACGAGACCUUGGACAACACCCGCAGGACCGAGGUGGUCGAGAACAGCCUGUACGAGACCUUGGACAACACCCGCAGGACCGAGGUGGUCGAGAACAGCCUGUACGAGACCUUGGACAACACCCGCAGGACCGAGGUGGUCGAGAACAGCCUGUACGAGACCUUGGACAACACCCGCAGGACCGAGGUGGUCGAGAACAGCCUGUACGAGCCCUUUGAAAACGUGAGGAAGCCGCGGUGA